GUUUACUGUCAAUCACAUUACAAAUUUAUCAAACUUUGAUUUAAAAAUCCUUUACAGAAGUGAAUUUUUUUAUUUGUUGACAAACAACAUAACAUUUUCCAACGCCAAGGCAAUGGUGUCCUUACCACCGCUGAAGUCGUACGAAGAGACUGCUGUCGACUUGGUCACGUGCGUCAUCAACCGAGCCAAAGACCAGCUCGGCUGUCGACAGACCUUGAAAAGCAUCGCCCUAACCCGCUCCCAGUUAAACCGCCCUUAUGUGUUGAAACUUGGAAACUUGGAGCCUCCUGUCGCCCAGAGCGGUGAGAGGUUUAUCAGAGAAGCCAUAGAAAACGUGUGGAAACUCACUGAAACGUUCAUGUACCAUAUCGAGUACAUUGGCUGUUAUAAUGAUGAUGUCGCUAUUGCUUAUUAUUUUGAGGUGAAGUUCAGCCAGCCCACGGCGAAGUACCCGAUCCCGCAGGCCACCGCCUCCGUGUUCUUCAAGGUUCAGGAGCAGACGAGCGAGUCUACCAGCAAAGAGACUGCUAAAAUAACCUUCCGUCUGGAAGGCCACUACCAGGACCACGACGUCCGCCGGGUGCUCCUCGUCCCCGACUGGAUCCUGGCGCUGCUGCAGAUGAAGCUCCAGCUGUUCCGGAGAAUCGAGGGCAUCCACGUGUUCUGAUAGGAGCGGAG